AGUGGGAAGAGGGCUGCCUUAAGAAGCCAGAAGCUUGCAUCCUGAAGCUGGCUGACUUUCGGACCGAGGGGGACGCUGAAGCAGCAGAUGAAGCUGAUGAACUUGUAAACUUUCCAGCACUCGGGCUUUAUUUGUCUGAGCCUGAUACUCCCCUCUGUGGGUGGAGAAGCCGAGGGGCUGGCUGACGUCACCCGAGGAGCAGGGAUAAAGCCCGGUGCCCGCAGCUGUGGGGUGACCACCAGCUCCCGCAGGGUCGGCUGCCCCGUCCAGCAGGUGCCCUGCCAGCAGCACCCACCUCCCCACACACCUACAGGAAAAAGGAGCGGGAGAGCCCCGGGACACCCGUCCACAAUGCCCCAGAACGUUGUUCUCCAAGGACCAGCACCCUGGGGGUUCAGGCUCUCGGGAGGAAUAGACUUUAACCAACCCUUGAUCAUAACCAGGAUUACACCUGGAAGCAAGGCUUCGGCUGCCAACCUGUGUCCUGGUGAUGUUAUUGUGGCUAUUGAUGGCCUGAGCACAGAGAACAUGACACACAAUGACGCCCAGGAGAGAAUUAAAGCAGCGACACAUCAGCUAUGCUUGAGAAUAGAGAGGAAAGAGACUAAAUUAUGGUCCCCCCAAGUUUCAGAAGAUGGCAAAGCACAUCCCUUCAAGAUAAAUUUGGAAGCUGAACCACAGGAUAUCAACUACUUUGAACACAGGCAUAAUAUUCGGCCCAAACCUUUCAUAAUCCCAGGCCGAAGCAGUGGAUGCAGUACUCCUUCGGGGAUUGACUGUGGCAGUGGACGCAGCACCCCCUCUUCCAUUAGCACCAUCAGCUCUAUCUGCCCCACCGAGCUGAAAGCGGUGGCUAAGAUGGCCCCUAACGUUCCCCUGGAAAUGGAGCUGCCUGGUGUCAAGAUUGUACAUGCUCAGUUUAACACACCCAUGCAGUUGUACUCAGAUGACAAUAUCAUGGAAACACUGCAAGGCCAAGUUUCUACAGCUCUGGGGGAAACACCCAUCAUGAGUGACCCAGCUCCCACCGCAGUGCCUCAGUCCGAUGUGUACAGGAUGCUGCAUGCCAACCAGGAGGAGCCCAGCCAACCUCGUCAGUCUGGCUCCUUUAAGGUGCUCCAGAAUUUAGUCUCCGAGGAAGGUGAUGGACGCCCUGUGGGUACAAGAAGUGUGAAAGCACCUGUGACAAAGAUACCCACCGGCUUGCCUGGUGCCCAGAAAGUGCCACUGUGUGACAAAUGUGGGAGCGGAAUUCUAGGGACAGUGGUGAAGGCACGAGAUAAAUACCGGCACCCAGAAUGUUUCGUGUGCUCUGACUGCAAUCUUAACCUGAAACAAAAGGGCUACUUCUUCGUGGAGGGCCAGCUCUACUGUGAAGCUCAUGCGCGAGCUCGCAUGAGGCCACCAGAGGGAUAUGAAGCAGUUACUGUUUACCCAAAAUGCUAGUCUUACCUUAGCACACACAUACAUGCAUGCACACGAGAAGCCAUUACCAGCUUAGAACUGCAGUACAAGUGUCAGGACUCCUGCCUGAAUCCAAAGUAGCAGCUUUUAAACUGUCUCUUAUGGGAAUCUAAGCAAGGUGGAAGUCCCUAUUAACCAGCAGUAACGUACUAUACCAGUAAAAUUCUGUCAAAGGAUUAUCUUUGAAGUUGCCAAUAUAACUCGGUGGAGUAUGAACUAAAACAGCUGUACUGGAAUAACAAAAGUGAAACAGCAGAGGUAUUACAGGAUCACUACAGUAUAUACACAUCCUGUAAUCAAGACAUUAUUUUUAACAUAAAUUAAGAAUCUGUGCAAGCAGCAAAAAACAUUGAAAGCCUCCUUGUGUUACAGGCUGUGCGCUACCAAAUAAAGAAAAUUGACAGAUCAUUAGAAAAGCAGCUAUUUUACAUGGAUAGUACAAAGCAACCAGAUGUUCAUGUCUGCUUCAACCAUCUAUCAUUCAAGUAUCAUUAAUGUGUGCCAAGAAAUAGAUUUCGCUUACUUUGCUUUGAAUUUGGGGUUAUAUUUACUUAAUUUUCUGAUGCAGCAAAUGUGAUGAGGAAUAAAUACUUAUUCAUACAAGAAAA